UCCCGAUGUCGAUUUGUCUGGGUACCGAACUGUCUAGAAUUCAGUUCGGAAUGAAUGUGCAUUCAACCAAAUGAAGCUGAUGAAGACAGAUAGACGACAUAAACUGUCCAACAGGCACUUAAAUGACUGCAUGCUAAUCAGACUACAAUCUCCAAGCAUCAAGGAGUUCAACCCUGAUGCUGCCAUUGACAAAUGGAUGAUUACACCAUCUGGGCAGAGAAGGAGAGGCUGUAUGAAGCAUACACCUUUAACUAACCCUAGAGCUACUGACUGUAUUAUUGUACAUGAUAAUGUAGAAAAUGAGAAUGUUAUUGUAGAGAAUGUAGAGGAUAAGAGGGCAGAGAAUGUAGAGAAUGAGAGGGUAGAGAAUGAAGAGAAUAAGAGGGCAGAGAAUGUAGAGGAUAAGAGGGCAGAGAAUGAGAGGGUAGAGAAUGUAGAGAAUGAGAGGGUAGAGAAUGAAGAGAAUAAGAGGGUAGAGAAUGUAGAGAAUGAGAGGGUAGAGCAUAAGAGGGUAGAGAGUGAGAAUGAGAGGGGAGAGAAUGUAGAGAAUGACAGGGGAGAGUAUGUAGAGAAUGAGAGGGUACAGAAUGUAGAGAAUGAGAAUGCUAUUGUAGAUAAUGUGAAGGUAGAUAACGAGACUAAUGAUUCUGGGAGUGAUAAUGAUUCUGACUAUGAGUCAGAUUUUGAAUUCGAACAGAAUGAAUCUACCAAUGACUAUCUUGUUUCCAAGUACUCUUGUGAGGAAUAACUUUU